CGUGGUCACAUGGAAUGCAAUGGAGUGGAAAAAUGCUCAUGGCACGAGUUCCCCUCUCGUGAAAAAGACAUCGAUGGCAUAAUGCGGUGAAAAACACUCUACCGUUUGUUUUUCUUCCCUCUACUCUCUUUCCGGUGGCACACGACGAGAUGCCUGGAGAGGAGGGAGAUGGAAAAAUCCAAACUUCAAUGGCAGUUCUAGAAAUCAUGGCUUUUUAUGCCAUUGUUCACCGUGAAUUGAGAAAGAAAUUGGUGUGAUUGUCGCGAUAUAAAAGUACCCGAUCGAUUGGAUUGAAAGUCAGUCAGUGUUUGAGAUUUGUGUCCAGAAGAAGAAGGAGUUUUGAUUUGAAGAUUUCCGAGUGGUGACUGGUGACAAAGACUGUUUCAAUUUUGAAUCCUUAUCGAUCCUCUGAUCAUCAUCAUGGAGCGGAUAUCUUGCACAAUUCUCCUCCUUGUCGGCCUCACAUGUUGUGGAGUCAGUUCAGAAACCAACUACAACAAGAAGAUGUACAUGAAGCGUUCAUCCAUGGAUCAAGACACAAGUGCCACUGGAUAUAUUUACAGUAAACAUGGAUCAGGUCCAGCACAGUUUGUCUAUCUGGAUUCAGAUGCUGUGGCUGCACAUUUCCAAGCUGACUCGCCAUCUCAUCUGCCACUCAUUCAGGAUGCCGAUCAGUUCGGAACACACUCCUACGUGGUCACCCAUACAGGUGGUCAAAGUGAAUUUGUACCCAGUUCGGCUGCUUCCAUUGCCAAUCUCUAUUACCAUCAGUAUCCAUCAGCAGCCUACACCCUAGAAUCUAAUUCAGGACCUCAUCUGUCUUCCUACGUUUCAGCCGGAGGGGACCAUUCAUUUGAUGGAGAUGUGGACAGUGGUGAUUUCGAUACAAGUGGUGGACAUUUCAGUGAACGCUACCACGAUGAUGGUGGUCAUGAUCAUCACGACCAUCACUAUUCAGAAGGUGAUGGAUCAGAAUACGGAGAUGAGUAUCACAAAAAGCAUGGCCAUGAAGCUAAGAAAGAACACGAUAGUGAACACAAGUUCGAAAAGGGCUCGAAAGGUCACUACGAUAAGGAAGAACAUUCAGGACACUACGACAAAGAUGGUGGUCAUAAGAAAUCUCACUACGAUGAAGGUGAUGAAUACGGACAUCAUCACGAAAAUGCCCAUUCUUCAAAAGGCGGUAAAUUCGGAGAGAAGAAGCACCACAAGAAAGGAUCAAAGACCACAGGUUACCACAAUGUCUUCCACAAGGACGAGUUCAAGAAGGAUCAUACAUUCUACGACGAUGCCGAUCACAAGGGUAAUUUCAAAAAGUACGGAUCCGAUCACGAACAGUUCCAUAAAGGAGCUAGUAAGUACGGAAAGGGAGGUCAUUACGAUUCAUCCCAUCAUGAGGCCCACAAAGGCAAGAAGGGACAUUUCGACAAGGGAUACCAUGAUAAUGAUGACAAGGGCUACGACAAGAAGCACGAUCAUGAGUAUCAUCAUCAUGACGGUGAGGAGUACUACAAGAAGCACGGAAGUGACGGGGAUGAGCAUCAUGGCUUCAAAGAAAGCCACUAUCACUAAAUUCAGUCAGAAUCCUCCUCCAAUCUAUAUUAAACCUUCACUCAUCCCUGUUAUUUAUUUCGAUCAAUCCCAGCAAUUUAAUCGACUGAUCUUCCUCUUCUUGUAUACCUCAUUAGUACCUCAUCUCAACAACAAAAUGAGAAUGUAAAAUUGACAAAAUAUCAAGAAUUACAAAUAAACACAAGAUAAACUUGUAAGAAAAGAAAAAA